GGCGAGGCGGGGUGGCAGGGGGGCGGGGGGGGGGGCGGGGGGGCCGUGAGAACGCCGAGACGCGCGGGGCGCGGAGAUGUGCAAGUGGCGAAGCUUGACCGAGCGCAGACUGGAGCAGCCGCCUAACUCCUGGCGCGGGAUCUGCUGAGAGGUCACGAUUUUAGGUGAUGGGCAGAUCAGAAAGUCAGAUGGAUAUAACUGAUAUCAACACUCCAAAACCAAAGAAGAAACAGCGAUGGACCCCGCUGGAGAUCAGCCUCUCGGUCCUUGUCCUGCUCCUCACCAUCAUAGCUGUGACAAUGAUCGCGCUCUAUGCAACCUACGAUGAUGGUAUUUGCAAGUCAUCAGACUGCAUAAAAUCAGCUGCUCGACUGAUCCAAAACAUGGAUGCCACUGCUGAGCCUUGUGCAGACUUCUUCAAAUAUGCCUGCGGAGGCUGGUUGAAACGCAAUGUCAUUCCUGAGACCAGCUCCCGUUACGGCAACUUUGACAUUUUAAGAGAUGAACUAGAAGUCGUUUUGAAAGAUGUCCUUCAGGAACCCAAAACUGAAGAUAUAAUAGCAGUGCAGAAAGCAAAAACAUUGUACAGGUCUUGUAUAAAUGAAUCUGCUAUUGACAGCAGAGGUGGAGAACCUCUUCUGAAACUGUUACCAGACAUAUAUGGGUGGCCGGUAGCAACAGAAAACUGGGAGCAAAAAUAUGGUGCUUCUUGGACAGCUGAGAAAGCUAUUGCACAACUGAAUUCUAAAUAUGGGAAAAAAGUCCUUAUUAAUUUGUUUGUUGGCACUGAUGAUAAGAAUUCUGUGAAUCAUGUAAUUCAUAUUGACCAACCUCGACUUGGCCUCCCUUCUAGAGAUUACUAUGAAUGCACUGGAAUCUAUAAAGAGGCUUGUACAGCAUAUGUGGAUUUUAUGAUUUCUGUGGCCAGAUUGAUUCGUCAGGAAGAAAGAUUGCCCAUCGAUGAAAACCAGCUUGCUUUGGAAAUGAAUAAAGUUAUGGAAUUGGAAAAAGAAAUUGCCAAUGCUACAGCUAAACCUGAAGAUCGAAAUGAUCCAAUGCUUCUUUAUAACAAAAUGACAUUGGCCCAGAUCCAAAGUAACUUUUCACUAGAGAUCAAUGGGAAGCCAUUCAGCUGGUUAAAUUUCACAAAUGAAAUCAUGUCAACUGUGAAUAUUAGUAUUACAAAUGAGGAAGAUGUGGUUGUUUAUGCUCCAGAAUAUUUAACCAAACUUAAGCCCAUUCUUACCAAAUAUUCUGCCAGAGAUCUUCAAAAUUUAAUGUCCUGGAGAUUCAUAAUGGAUCUUGUAAGCAGCCUCAGCCGAACCUACAAGGAGUCCAGAAAUGCUUUCCGCAAGGCCCUUUAUGGUACAACCUCAGAAACAGCAACUUGGAGACGUUGUGCAAACUAUGUCAAUGGGAAUAUGGAAAAUGCUGUGGGGAGGCUUUAUGUGGAAGCAGCAUUUGCUGGAGAGAGUAAACACGUGGUUGAGGAUUUGAUUGCACAGAUCCGAGAAGUUUUUAUUCAGACUUUAGAUGACCUCACUUGGAUGGAUGCCGAGACCAAAAAGAGAGCUGAAGAAAAGGCCUUAGCAAUUAAAGAAAGGAUCGGCUAUCCUGAUGACAUUGUUUCAAAUGAUAACAAACUGAAUAAUGAGUACCUUGAGUUGAACUACAAAGAAGAUGAAUACUUCGAGAACAUAAUUCAAAAUCUGAAAUUCAGCCAAAGUAAACAACUAAAGAAGCUCCGAGAAAAGGUGGACAAAGACGAGUGGAUAAGUGGAGCAGCUGUAGUCAAUGCAUUUUACUCUUCAGGAAGAAAUCAGAUAGUCUUCCCAGCCGGCAUUCUGCAGCCGCCCUUCUUUAGUGCCCAGCAGUCCAACUCAUUGAACUAUGGGGGCAUCGGCAUGGUCAUAGGACACGAAAUCACCCAUGGCUUUGAUGACAAUGGCAGAAACUUUAACAAAGAUGGAGACCUCGUUGACUGGUGGACUCAACAGUCUGCAAGUAACUUUAAAGAGCAAUCCCAGUGCAUGGUGUAUCAGUAUGGAAACUUUUCCUGGGACCUGGCAGGUGGACAGCACCUCAAUGGAAUUAAUACACUGGGAGAAAACAUUGCUGAUAAUGGAGGUAUUGGUCAAGCAUACAGAGCCUAUCAGAAUUAUGUUAAAAAGAAUGGUGAAGAAAAAUUACUUCCUGGACUUGACCUAAAUCACAAACAACUAUUCUUCUUGAACUUUGCACAGGUGUGGUGUGGAACCUAUAGGCCAGAGUAUGCAGUCAACUCCAUUAAAACAGAUGUGCACAGUCCAGGCAAUUUCAGGAUUAUUGGGACUUUGCAGAACUCUGCAGAGUUUUCAGAAGCCUUUCACUGCCGCAAGAAUUCAUACAUGAAUCCAGAAAAGAAAUGCCGGGUUUGGUGAUCUUCAAAAGAAGCAGUGCAGCCCUCCGCUAGACUUGCCAACACCACAGAAACAGGGAACUCUCUAACUGAGAGAAAAUGGGCCCUAGGGGUCACUGUACUGACUUGGGGGUGAUUAACAGAGAGCGGAGCAUCACAAUAAAAUAACAUUAGGUUGUUCUAGAAAGGGUGUGGAGGGAGCAAGGGGGUCUGAGGUCUAUCAAGUCAAUCACUUCUCACUGUGUAAAUAAUGCUUAAUUUCUAAAGAUAAUGUUACUGUUUAUUUCUGUUUAUCAUAUGGUCUACCAGUUUGCUGAUGUCCCUAGAAAACAAUGCAGAACCUUUGAGGUAGACCAGGAUUUCGAAUCCAAAGGGAAAAGAAGAUGUGGAAGAAUACAGUUAGGCACCAGAAGAACAGUAGGUGACACUAUAGUUUCAAGCACAUUGCCUAACUACUAGUUUUUGCUUUUAUUUGCAACAUUUACAGUCCUUCGAAACGCUUCCAAAGAAUUCUUAUACACACUGGGGCCUUGGAGCUUAUGCAGUUUUAAACUCAUUUUUUGCCAUACAUCAGUUAUUCAUUCGGUGAUCAUUUAUUUGAAGCACUCUUAGAGCAAAAAAUGAAUGUCUAAAAUUGUUUUUUGUUGUACCUGCUUUGACUGAUACUGAGGUUCUUAAGGCUUCCUGCAAUUUUCUAAGCAAUUUCUUGCUCUCUCUAUCCUCAAAACUUGGUAUUUUUAAGAGAUUUAUAUAAAUGUAAAAAUAAUAAUUUUUAUAUUUAAUUAUUAACUACAUUUAUGAGUAACUGUUAUUAUAGGUAAUCAAUGAAUAUUGAAGUUUCAGCUUAAAAUAAAUAGUUGUGAACCAAGAUCUGUAAAGUGAUAUGCAGAUGAAAAUUUGAGACUACUUAAACUUAUAAAUCAUAUUGAUGAAAAGCUUUUAGCACAAACUUUAGGGUAAAAAUUGCCAUUGGACAGUUGUCUAGAGAUAUAUAUACUUGUGGUUUUCAAAUUGGACUUUCAAAACUAAAUCUGUCCCUUAGAGAAUCUCUGAUAAAAGGGCAAAUCUGCAUCUAUGUAGCUCUGCGUCUCCUGUCUUUUCAGGUUUGUCAUUCAAAAUAUUUUGAUAAUAAAUUGAAAUUGUGAACUCAUUACUCCCUAA